UAUUGGACAGCGGCUCUGGUUCGGUUGAGGCGCUGGCGGUGGGCUGCGGGAAAUGGCGGCCGAGUCUCUGCGCGGCCGUCAGCUCCGGCCGUCUCUAUGGCGAUGAGGCGGGUCGGGUCGGCUCGGGCCGCGUGAACGAAACAUGACCCAGGGCAAGAAGAAGAAGCGGCUGAACCGCAGUGUCCUGCUGGCCAAGAAAAUCAUCAUCAAGGACGGAGGCACGCCCCAAGGGAUAGGUGAACCGAGUAUCUAUCACGCAGUGAUCGUCAUCUUUUUAGAGUUCUUUGCUUGGGGAUUGCUGACAACUCCUAUGCUAACUGUUUUGCAUCAGACAUUUCCUCAGCAUACCUUUCUAAUGAAUGGACUUAUUCAUGGGGUGAAGGGAAUAUUAUCAUUUCUCAGCGCUCCUCUGAUUGGAGCAUUGUCGGAUGUUUGGGGCAGGAAAUCCUUCCUUUUGCUAACGGUGUUCUUCACCUGUGCCCCAAUUCCUCUCAUGAGAAUAAGCCCCUGGUGGUAUUUUGCAGUGAUUUCUAUGUCUGGAGUAUUUGCAGUCACAUUUUCGGUGAUCUUUGCCUACGUAGCAGAUAUAACUCAGGAGCAUGAGAGGAGCACAGCUUAUGGACUUGUGUCAGCAACAUUUGCAGCUAGCCUUGUGACCAGCCCAGCCAUUGGUGCAUACUUGGCCAGGGCAUAUGGAGACAAUCUUGUCGUAGUUUUGGCCACUGCAAUUGCCUUGCUGGACAUCUGUUUUAUACUUGUGGCUGUGCCAGAGUCUUUGCCAGAGAAGAUGAGGCCUGCUUCCUGGGGUGCACCAAUUUCAUGGGAACAAGCAGACCCUUUUGCAUCUUUGAAGAAAGUGGGUCAGGAUUCAACUGUUCUGCUGAUCUGUAUCACAGUGUUUCUCUCAUACCUGCCUGAAGCAGGCCAGUAUUCCAGCUUCUUUCUUUAUCUCAGACAGGUAAUUGGAUUUUCUUCAGAGACUGUAGCUGCCUUCAUUGCAGUUGUGGGAAUCCUUUCCAUUUUAGCUCAAACUGUAGUCCUUGGUAUCCUCAUGAGGUCCAUAGGGCAUAAGAACACGAUCCUCCUGGGCCUUGGCUUCCAAAUUCUCCAGCUAGCUUGGUAUGGCUUUGGGUCUCAGCCCUGGAUGAUGUGGGCAGCAGGAGCUGUGGCUGCCAUGUCCAGCAUCACCUUCCCAGCGGUUAGUGCUCUAGUUUCUAGGAAUGCCGAUCCUGAUCAACAAGGAGUUGUACAAGGAAUGAUCACUGGAAUCAGAGGAUUGUGCAAUGGCCUUGGCCCAGCACUGUAUGGAUUUGUAUUCUACCUUUUCCAUGUGGAAUUAAACGAAAUGGGAGAUGUUGAUAACCCAGGCAAAGUUCCUAAAGGAAACAUGCAAAAUCCAACUGAUGAGAGUACUAUAAUCCCAGGACCUCCGUUUCUUUUUGGCGCCUGCUCAGUCUUGCUGUCGCUGCUAGUCGCCUUGUUCAUCCCGGAGCACAGCGGCCUCCCUCUGCGUUCUGGCAGCUGGAAGAAACAUAAUAAUGGAUCACAAGGUCACCCCCACAGUCCACAGAGCACGAGUCCCGAUGGCAAGGAGCCCCUAUUGCAAGACAGUUGUGUAUGAUGGCCAAGAGCUGCCUGCUCUCAGGUAGCUAGAAGUGGAGCUCGAGAUCAGGCAUGGCUGCAAAGCCAAGGUUUUCACUUUAGGAAUACUAACAAUUGUAAUAUUCUUUCUGAAUUUUUGCAAGUUUAAAAGUUGUUGGUCUUUUUUUAAAAUUUAAUGUGUUGAGAAACAAUUCCUAUCAUACCACUUUCUGGUUCACCUGAUUGGCUCAUUGGAGUCUCAAUGCUCUCUGGAUGCUUUUAGCAGUUGGCACAAUCUUGAAGUUCCUUUAAUUACAGGAUGUUGUUCCUGUUUUGUUGCCUUGUACAAGACACCAGAAGUCAGUUACAGUCAGUUCUUAAAUUACUGUGCUGCUUCUGUGCAAGUUUCAUUUUUAAAUUGCAUUAUUGCCUGAAGAUGAGUAUCAUGUGGAUGCCUGCAAGCCAAAUAUAACACUGCCGGUGUCUGCUCAGAUCACAGCAAAGAUGAUCCACAAACAAAAGUGAGUGUUUCAAAAUGUCUGGCAGGCUGCCUGUUUGAGUCCUGGUGGUUUCAAAUUCAGCUUGUUAGCUCGUCAACACCUGCAAUUCUGGGAUUCUAAUGGCAACGUAUUGCACAUGUCUUAUUUUAUAAUGCAGGUUCAGUCACAGCUGUGUACGAUGAAACCUGUCUUUUUGGUCUUGUGGCUAAGCAGCUAACUAUUUUCAAAGCUGACGAAUUGGAAUGUAAGCUGCAGUUUCUGAUCAUUCAGUCCUGUCCUAAAGUGGCCACAGUGACUUUUUCUCCUCCUCUACCUCCCACCCUAAAUCUUGACUGUUUUACUGCUGGGAAAUGGGAUCUUACUGCAAUAUGCCCUGUGCAGUAUUUUCUUUAUUUCAAGUAGGCUGCUAAAGAUGUUUACCACUCUGAAAAUCUGGGGCAUGGGUAAAAUAACACCACAAGAGCAAUUAUUUUAUUUGAACAGCACUUUUUUUUGUCUUAUAGGAAUUGAGAUAAUCUUGCUGCCAGACUACAGUCCUUUUGUUUUUUUGAGAGUUGGAUCAGUAAAGAACAGGAAAUGGACUUCGAAUAGCAUUAAUUUUCAGGCCAAGUACAGCCUCCGUAUGGAGAGUCCCUCAAUUAGGUCACAAGGGAGGGGAUUUUUGAAGUGCAAUUCCAUUGCCCUAGUGUCAAAUCAUAUUCCUUAACCGUGGAAACCUUCUACCUAUCCAAUAAUAGCUGAAAGAAACCCUAUCAUGUUCUAUCAUGUUCUAUCUUGUUACACAUUUGCAAUUUACUUAAUACAGGUCAAACCCAAAACUCUGGAGAACUUUGGGCAUGGAAGUGUGUGUGAACCCAACUGUGCUGCAAGUAUACUUUGCUGAAGAGUGCAUUUCAUAAAUGCCAGAUCCUAACAUAGGACUCGAGUUAUUGUUUGUGCUGGCUGCUGUCUAUUCAGACAAAGUUUAUCCAACUUUGAAGUGGCUAAAUUCACAGCUGUCAUGUCUGUGAGGCACCUUGAAGCUAUCUGAGGUGUUGGCUGCCUAGUGUUGUUCCUGAAAUUAGUGGUAGACUUGAGGAUAAUUUGUAUAUGGUUUACUCUGUACUGCCUCCAGCUUCAUUCUAACAAUCGACUUAAUGUAUGAUAUUUGAAUUUUACAGGCAAGUGGAUUUAGGCACUUGGAUUUUUAUACUUGAGUUUGUAUUUACCCCUGAUGGAAACUGGUUAAUGGAGCAUUUAUUGUAAUCCAGUUCCCUGAUUGCACCCUGCUUUUAUUUUAUCAUCUUUGAGAUUUGACUAGAGGUUCCUCUAAACUGUACCAUAGGUAUCCCAGAUUUCGUUUCCAGAUUUUAUUGAGUGAACUGAGGUUGGAGCAUGUUAUGAUUUACCUCUGCACCCUUGGGUAGAGGAGGAAUCAGCCUGUGCUGUAACUCCUGAACAUUCAGUACUUCUAUUGGAACCUACAUCUGAGGAAGGUCAGAACCUACUGCUGCUUUGUCCCCAUCUGCAGACUCUCACAAUUGGCAUUGACACAAAUGGUGCUAUUUUGAACUGCUAGGAGUAUGUAGCAUUUGUAAAACAUCCACUGAGACCCUCUGGGAAAGGAAGAAUAAAAUGUCGUUGCUAAUGCUGAGUUUGAAAUCAGUUUCUUAAUUUGGGUGUUCAUACCGAUUAGAAUCUUACACCCUGUGUUGCCUUGGGAUUGGAGGCAGAGAAUUUGUAAACCAGAUUACUAACUUCUCAGAAUAGAGAAGACUGCAAUUUGCAUUUUUGUAGUUUGGAACUGGAAAUGGCUGCCAAAUGUUUGCCAGAGUGGAAUGAGUUUGGGCUAGUCCAGUAAUUAUCACUGCAUCCUCCUUUUCGAAAUGUAUUCUAAAGUUUGAAAGUUUUUUUCCACCACCCAUGACCAACUACUCUGUCCACCUGAUGUGGCACAGGAAAGUUUACUUUCUACCUAUAGUCUAACUACAUGAAGCAAAACGAAGUUCUGAUGAAGUAAUCCGUCACCAACUGCAAGGCCCCUACUGCCCUUUGCAAGCUAAAAUGAGGAUUAAGCUUCCGGUAAUACCUGGUUUAUUUUUAAUGUGCCAUAUUAUUUUACUCUAAUGUGCCCUGUUUUAUUCUGACUGUAAACAUUAUUCAGCUUUGUUGAGAAAAUUUUUGUUGAGUGGGGAGGGGAGAAACAAGAAUUACCAUGGGUGCCUUUUCCUAAAAUUGGUGAUCACUUUACUUGUUGAGGUGUGAUCAGUCCACUGUGAGAAAGGAGGGUAGGAAAAUGAUUGAUCCUCCACAGUGGUUAUCCAUUUCCUUUUGUCCUUACACUUUGAAGUUAUACAAUGGAAAUGACACACCAACUCCAUUGUCAUUGCAAUACACCACCUUAUUCAGAGUCAUUUGGAAUAUAGCAAUACGCCAUUGUCAUGAUACAUCCUCUAACAACAUGGUUGUGCUGCCGCCAACUACAAAUUCAAUUAUCCCCCCAUCUGUCCCACCAAAAUUACCAAAUAAUGUAAUCUUUGCCAUGAGCCUGUUUUUGGGUUAAGUCUUGGAAAUCAUGACAUGCAGCAACCAAGAGACCAAAACAUAAUGAUGCCUUAACCCUUGUUGCGGUGGUCAGGUCAAUAGAUGGAAAUUGUGUUUUUUUUUAAACCAACUGUUUUCUUUUAAAAGAGGGAACUUGAAUGGAAGGAUACACUGUUGAAUGUUGGCAAACUGAAGCAGAUUUGGGUAGAGGGAAAAACAAAUGAUACAGCUUUCCUACUGAAGGUCGAAACAAAUUCAAGUAUUUCCGUUUCAAGGGGGUACAGAGCACUUUGAUAAAAGUGAGUUUAUUUAACUUAGCAACUUAGACAAAUUAUGACUUUUAAUUAAUAUUUCAUUACCCAUAUGACGAGUACAAUCUGAUGGGAUGAUAAACUUGGUUGAUGCUCCCGUGUGAGCAUUGAGAGGCUGUUAUAGGCCUCAAAGAUAAUUGUACUUUUAACAAAGUACACUUCGAUUAGACAAAGUAGUUUGUGUAAGUUUUAUUGUAAAGCUUAUUUAAUUAUAGAAAUAUAUAUAAAGUCCAUAUUUCAAUUUCUAGCUUUAUCUUGAUAAUGGGUACCAGUCAACUUGGUUUCAAAGUGUUCAGCAUGUUAAACCUAUUACAAUGCUAAUUUUGUCAGGACCGGAGCAAUAUUUGCAGCAAAAUUCAAAGCUUAUUGGUUUGAGUAGUGUUUCUUGAUGGCCUGUACAGGCUGUCAAGUGGCCUUGAGCAGUGAGUUCUCUUUACCCAAGUUUCAGUAAUAUAGGGGAAUGAUGACUGAUGGUACUUCCUUGUCUUUCCAACAAUGGGAACCUUCAAAAUGGUUAAAACAAAUUAAGAGUAGAUGGUGUGUCAGCAUUGUGAAGCUACAUGAACAUUGACAAAGGUAGAUGUGAGCCUUGGAAGCUUCCAGCAUCAGUUCUUGGACUACAGCAAGUUAGUUACUUUUUAAACCAGGUCUCUCACGUUUGGAGUAUUAAGUCUGUAGUUGAUCUCAAUCAGUCAGUGUUCAUUUCUUUUCAGUGCUUUGUACACAUCCUGCUGGACAUGUAGAUUUUAGGGCAAGAUGUGAGCACAUGUGCUAUGAUAUCUGACAUAACCACAUGUUUGUUGACAAUCACGGCGCUUAGAUCUGUGGUGCAUUGACUGACUUACCACUUGAUUGAAGUAGUAUUACGGCUACUGAAAGGAAUUUCAUGUGCAGAUCUCCUGACUUUCCAUUAUCUUUUAAAUAUGGCCGUGCUGUGAAAUUUUCUAAAUGUUGGCCUGGCAAUGCUUUGUAUUCAUUUGUAGACAUGUCUAAAGGGCGAUUUAACAGUCAUCCUAGUAUAGAGUAGAAAGAGUUGUGCUUAGUGUGGAGGCCAGAUGUUAAGAUUGAGCUGAGACUUGAAGGAAAUUCUAACCAAUUCUUCGAUGGAAGUGGAGCAAUGGAAGCCAUUUCUUCCUAAAAUGUAGCAGUUGAGAUUGGAAAAUCUUGAUUUAAUACUUGCUUAACCUGCUGUGUUGUGAUUAUUUUGGUGUUUGUUGAUUACACUAUCAGCUAAUGAGUUGGAGUCAGACAGGACUUGCAAUGUGUAGUCGAUUGUACAGUGCACUGCGUUUAAGUCUGCAGAGCCCAAUUUGAAGCAGUCAUUAUGAACUAAUGGGCAUAACAUUGACCAACAGCAUCAGUAGAUUCUCUGGAUUAAAAACAUGCAUUAUUUCUCCAGAAAAUGCAAUAUGUGGAGGAUGUUUUGCAUUAUCCAAGCUAUGUGCAUGAAAUCAAUUCCAUUCAAGCAUGGUGCUCGCUGAACGUGAUCAGUGCAAGAAUCAUUCAUUGAUCUCCAUUCUGCUGCCAAAGCCAUCCCCGAAAUCCGUGAAGUUGGAUAACUGUGUGCACUGUGCAUCCACAUUCAAGAGCCCAUUUCUGCUCGAGCCAGUGUUUUAGAAAGAAACACCACAACUUCAAUUCCAUUCUCUUCCUCUUUGGCCCCCAAAAAGGGCACGUCUUCUCAUCAGGGAGAGCAGGGUGUCCAGACAUGGAUCACCUUUUGAAUGGUGCUUUGGCUGAGGGAAGAUGUUCUCUUCAGUCAAUCCAUACUGCAUUCAUUUUAUAACCAAAGGAGGAGACAAAUGUUAAUUUUACUUUGUUUCUCUCAAGAUGAUGAGAUUUCAAACAAUGCAUUGAUUCAGCACAUUAAUAUUAGUGUAUUAAUUGAUUUUUCCAUCAAUAGCACAAAAUCAGUGCUGUCUUGGGAGUUUUAUUCCACCUGGAAAUGUGUGGGUGUUGGGGGAGUGAGUGUGAUUGAACAUUUAUGAGUUGGAGGGUAAUAUAAUCAUGCAUUUUGUAGCAAAACAUGUUGUUCUUUGGUUAAAAAUCUUUGACGUGGAAAUUGUUGCAAGAGUAAUUGUUGCCAAUGCAUUGAAUAUUUUAUAUCAGAAUACCAGUACCAUUUUUUUCGUUGGGAGAGAUCAGUACCUUGGGGGAAAAAAGCACUAUUGGCAUGGCUUAGCAACUGUUAGCAUAUGAAAUGUGGUUGACACCCCAUUCCUGCAGCACUUGAGGUGCUGUAGCGUCAGAAGUGUUGAUUUUCAGGAUAAGACAUUAACCAAGGGCCUAGCUGCGCUGUCAGGUGGAUGGCAGUGUUCAUGACACUAUUUUUGAAAAAGAUCAGGGGCAUACUUUAUGGUGUCCUGUCCAAUUAUUAUCACUCAAUUAAUUUCGUUUAAGUAACUUCUUUUAAAAAGGAUAAUCGCAAUGCUGUUUAUGGAGAUUUGCUAUGUGCAGGUUCACUGCUAUGUUUCCUUUAUGCAAUGGUGACUAUGCACGAUGAGUAUUUCAUUGGUACUGAGUAAUUGCAAGUUUGUUUUUAGUUUUGUGGGUUUUUUUGACUAGAUUUCUUUUUCUUGUCUAUGCUCUGUUUACGUUGUUGCAACUGAGGCCUGUCAGUUGGGGUGUUCCUUUGUUCAUUUCUGCACAUAAGCACAUGAGACCUGAUUGCCCUGACAGACUUCCGCGUUGCAUGAGACACACUGAAUGUCAGACUGGCCUUGAGCAUUGCUCAAGUUAGAGUCGAGCGGGAACCCUAAUGUGUAAACCUGCUCCAAUUGUAGUUGGAUGUUCCUGAAAUAUUUACAAAGAGUUGAAUUUUAACUUUUAAAACAAAAAAAUCCCUCUCUCUGUGUAAGCUUGGCUUUUCGUGGCUGGCACAAGCUAGUCAGUUCAUUUUGUUUGGUAAGAAUGACACAAUGAAAGGUCAUUCAGAACAACUCAUUGGCAAACAUAUCAAUAUUGGGCUGUACACUUGGGAACAGCAGUAGACCAUUUGUCCCUCAUGUUUGUCAUGAACCACGUCUCAUCUCUAAGUAUGGUCUUUAAUUCCUUUCUCCUUCCUGUUAACUGUGCAUGGAUAAACAAACAUUGCAGGAUUGCAAAAUCCAUGAUCUGUCAUUGCCACAUAAUUAAAAGCAGGUUUUUUGUUCUCAAUCAGCAAAUAAAUAAGCCAAAGCCUUCCAGGACCCCAUCUAAUUGAGAGUGUUGUCAACUCCAGAACACACAUUCUAUUUACCCAUGGUUCUGAGUCCCUUACCUGAGACUAUUAAUUAUAAAUAAAAUCGCACAGUGCCUGAUUAUGGAUUGCCCUCCGCCUGUCAGAGCAGGAUAAAAUGACUAAUUUCUGCAGACGUAUUAAGUUAGUAACUGCAUUUGAGCAGCUGGUCCCUUUCAUUUUGAAUUACUGGAUAUGUGAUGGUUUCAGUAACUGAUCAACAUGCUGAAGGAAUCUAUGAACCGAACUGCAGGGCAGCCCAUGUUGAUGCAGAUACCAUUUGGUUGAUCAUGGAGCAUGUACUCUUUGCUGCACAUUCUCAGAACAUUUCCUAAAUACUGCUCAGCAAGAGCAGAGGCCAGGUGUGUGUAGGGAUAGCACUACAGUCCUGAACAAGCUGAAACCAUGCUGGUCACAUCACUGAACCCCAAAUGGCUGCUGAGUGGAUCAUGAGUAUGCUGUGGACCCAGGUUUGUCUAUUCUGCAAUUAAACACCUCUGCAAUUGUGGAUUGCGCUGUUUCCAUUUGUUUCAAUUGCCUGCAGUGUUCCUAGCCAAUUCACCCAAAUCUUUUGGACAAACUCUUGAUCAGUGCGCAAGAUGAAUUGAAAUGCCCUGCGUACAUAGCUUCAAUGAUAUUGCGUUUAGCCCCAGUGAAAAAAUAUAGUAUAUUGCUUAAAGUUGGCUGGUAGGGUACCAGGGAUCAGUUUAGAAAUAGGAAAUCUGGACAAAAGUUAGUUGUACCCAAUUAUGAUAUGAAAUGAACCUGAGGUUGCACAGGAUGUAAAGAGCAGUCACAUCUCGGGAACGAUGCAUUAUUCUCGUGCAUUUUAACUGGACCGUGACAUGCCAUGAGGCAGAACAGUUUCAGAAGGGUUUCCCUGGAAAAUUCUUUUUAGCCUCUUCAAAAUGUACAGUGGAACUCUCAUCUCCUUGAGGCCAGCUGCAUGUUCCUCCUUGAGGCUUUCCACAGUCCCUGAGGCUUUACUGGAAUCAGAUGGUGGACCCUGGAGGUGAUUGAGCUUCACCUCUAAGCUUGAACGGUUUCAGUAGUAGCGGGAAAGUGUCAAAAAGAUUCAACCAGUGGAAAUCUGGUUGGUAUUGGAAAGAUGCAUCAGUUGGCCUGGCUAUGGAAAUAAUUCUGUGCCUGAAAUUUGGGUCAGGGCUUUUGCCCUCAGGGUCUCAGGAUUUAAUUCAAUUGUGCUCACUGCAGAGGAAGCAUGGCCCCUGGAAAUUGAGGCUGGAAAUAUUAACACUGUCUGCACCAUCAUACAAUCUCAGCAGGGUACAUCAGCAGUAACAUGCAGGUUUAUUAACUGUGACAUGGAGGUGCUCUUGUUUCAACUUAGAAAUUCAAGACCAAGAUUAAAUGAAGUGUUGGAAAAGGACCAGCAAGACAUUCAGUUGUUCAUUCUACUAGGUAUUGUAGGCUCAUGUGUUUGAAUAUCAUUCUGAGGGGCAUUUUUACUCUCCUCCAUGGAGCUAUUAGUCAUUACUGCUCCAAUGUUCCAGAACAGAGUGAAGGCAAUUGUAAGUGUUAAAGAUGGUAAAUCCACCAACUGUGCACGUAUGUUGUACCUGUCUGCUUGUUUUUUGUGGAGAGUGAUUGGAGUUGGUUUUGACUAGAAAAGUAGCAGUUCAGACUCCCUGCAUUUUGAGGCAAGUUGAUGUCCCUUGUGAGAAUUUGAGUUCACAGGUUGUAAAGACUAGAAACAACAAUUCUUGUCAGAAGGAAGAGUAAACACCAAUUUACCUGGCAAGCAUUGGGACCAAGUAACUUGUUUCUAGAAACAUCUGUAUAAUGCAGGCACAAUGAUUAUUUGCUGUUGGAAUUGAGCUGCAAGAGUCAUGGUGGGAUUUCAGAGGGGCAAGCAAUUUUUGGGAAUUGGGGCUAGGCUGGUUUUAUAGAUUUUAUGUGCCACUUACUAGGUUUUACAAAUCCAGUUAGUAUACUAACUGCUUAAAUCUUCUGUCAUCUCCUCACUUCAGUGAGACCAUUUUUAAGGUGUCCCUCAUGGAGGGCCCAGUUAUAGCUGCAAUCCUCAAUUCCUGAAUUUUGAAGAUGAUAGGUGUUGCUCUGAUAUAACAACACAUGAGAGUAUCUACUACAUCAAUACAUUGUAAUGUGAAAUAUCGGUUUGGUGUGGUGUCCAUUUCUUCCAGUUCUUCCUUUUGCCUGUUGGAGAACUACUUUUCCUGGCUAGUUGUUUUCUACUGUUAAUGCAAUGUUCAUGGCAGAGUACACUUGCUGCCCACGAAACCAAAAAUGUUUUUUCAUUUUUUAAAAAUUGUUAACUAUACCAUCAGUUUUGUUUACCUGUUUUCUCUUGCCUUCUGCCAACAUUGCUGUAAUUGUCCACCCUCUUGUGGCCAACUGAACUGGCAGAAUGUUUCCUGGUGCCUCCUAUUUGGUGGAUCUUAUUGGCUUGAUUGUGUGUGUGUUCUAGUAAGGUUCACAAAAACAGUUAAUGUGAAAUAGAUGACUUUGUGCUUGGUGUACCCUAGGGCACUGUUACUGUUGACAUCUCCCUCAUCGUAAAAGCACUGAAAUGCAUGUGCAUGUGUUCAGAUUCCAGCUGUGCUUUCAUUAGUGUAUAUCCAUGUACUCUGCAUUAUAUCUAGCUCCAGAUCUGCUUAUCCUCUGCUAGUUCAGUUGGGGCACUUACUCUUCUCUGUAGCAGCUUGUCUUGG